UUGGCCGUUAGUUGUCCUGCAGGGGUACCAGGGUUUACCGCGACAUUUUCGCGCGGAAAGCCGGGCGUUAUUGAGCCGUGAAAACUGAAAAGUAACAUGUAAAUUUUGAAAAUUAGCAUAAGUGUAUCGUUUUAGUUCAUAUAUAGUGAUAUAUACCAAGUUUGUGCAAAGAAAAAUCUCUAAAAUUCGUGUAUUUGUGUUCAUAGUUGAGACAUCAAUACUGAUGCUCAAGGAAAUUUUGUUCAUUGCUAUUUGGAUUAAUUUGUGAAUGAUCAGGGUGAGGGACUCGCGCCGCAGCUGACCAGUCCCUCGCAUCAUGGCGCAAUCUGGCUCUCCUGACGACUGCUCUGAAAAACGGAUGACCCUGAAACGGAAACGGAACUCUACUGAUGAUGAGGAGGUUGAGAACAUGCCACCGAUGAAGAUAGCUCAGAAAUUAGAAGAAGACUUAAAUGACCAAGCAGCCCACAAUGUGGUUGUGGAAUCAACAUCCUCCAGUGACGAGGACACCCAGUUUGGGAACAUUGAUCAGCCAAGGAGUGUGUUCACCGACCUAGAAUACAACCCAGAUAGUUUCUUAAGCCCACCGAGUAUACCUGAACUGCCAAAUUGUGUGCUGAGCCCUCUGGAGAAUGUGGCCAGGGGCGACUCUACACCACACACUAACAAAAGGCCCAGCACAAGCAAGCUGGAUUACCCCCUCCCCAAACGCAAGUGCCCCCUCCCCGGGCUCUCCUGGGCGGACCCCAGCGACGUGUGGAAGGGCAUGUGCGAGUGCGACGCCAGAUCCAGCAUGAGGAAGAACCCCAGCAUGUUCGACAACCAUCCAAACUUGCAGCCUAGAAUGAGGGCGAUACUCCUCGACUGGCUUAAUGAGGUAUGCGAAGUAUACAAACUACACCGGGAAACAUUCCACCUAACAGUGGACUACGUGGACCGGUAUCUCUCCAACACGGACGACGUGCAGAAGGGACGGCUGCAGCUCAUAGGAAUCACCUGUCUCUUCAUCGCCGCAAAAGUCGAAGAAGUGUAUCCACCAAAAAUCGGCGAGUUCGCCUACGUAACCGACGGCGCCUGCACCACCGACGAAAUCCUCCUGGAAGAACUCCUCAUCCUCAAAAUACUAUCCUGGAACAUCACUCCUAUCACUAUAAACAGCUGGUUAAAUGUAUACAUGCAAUUAGCCAGUGAAGGUCGAAGUGCAAAGCGAAGAUUGAUAAGUGAAACUGAUGUGGGAGCGAAUGCUUUAAGAGGAUACACGUUCGUGUUUCCGCAGUACAGUUCGUUGGAGUUCGUGGUGUGUGGACAGUUGAUAGAUCUGGCCGUGCUGCAUGUGGACGUGAAUCAGUUCUCGUAUAGUCUGGUGGCCGCGGCGGCGAUCGCGCACGCGUUCGACAAGGAGCUGGCGAUCAGGGUGUCGGGCUGGACGUGGGAGGUCCUGGAGCCGUGCUACCGCUGGCUGGCGCCGUCCGUGUGCGUGGUGCGCGCCGCGGGCGCCGUGAGCGCCGUGCGCGGCGGCGACGGCGAGUUCCUGCAGCGCGCCGCCGGCCUCGACCUCAUCUGCCCCGACCUCAACGUGGACGAGAGCCAUCGUAUACAGUCCCACAACGUCACGCUCGACAUGUUUGACAAAGUCAUCCACGAACCCACCGAGGAACCAUCCUUGUCUCACACACACGUGCCCACCGACGUGUACCCCCCCACCGACAUCUACCCCCCCACGCCGCCGCAGUCGGACCAGAAGAGCCCCCCGCCCCCCUCCAAGACCCCCUCCAGCCGGCCCGACGCGCGCGCGCACGAGGAUGAAUAGGAUACUUUCACUUGUGUACUUUGCUGAGGUAUUUAGGUUUUGGAGUUUUCAGUUAGAUUUCGGGCCCCCGUUUCACCACGACAAAGAAACAUUGAUUCAGUGAGAUGCGUAAAAUCUAAGACAAUUCCGUGCUUCGAAUUUGACAGGCAAACGAGAUGGCGCUGUACAGAUCCAUACAUUUCGCGGUAACUGAUUGUCAAAAGUUGACGUUUGACAGUACAGCGCCAUAUAUUUUGGUGUCAAACUAAGGGGUACGUUUUUUCUUAGACUUUACCUCUUUAUUACAAUCAAUUCUCUUUGACCACGAUGACAAUAGUCCGGUGACAAUUCGCCGUACAUUGCCGGUCCGACAAGUAAAUGUGACGUUUUCAAUCAAAAGGUACCACAUUGUCGCUUGUUGAUAGAUUGAUUUCUAAUUGAAGCUAUAUAGAUAUAGCGCCUUACCGACAAGCGACAAUAAGUACCCUUUUGGAUGAAAAUGGCACAAAUAUUGACGCUAUCGUCGUUACUUAUCGACCCAGAAAUGAACAGGGAAUUGUCAGUGUCAAUUGUCAGUCACCAUGGUGGAAUUCUCAUUAAAAAAAAAUACUAAAGCAAUUGACAAUUUUAAAGGUAAGGACAAACUGAGCCCGCGUUCGCAACGUAUGCAUUGCUUUAUGACAAACUGAACCCUGAAAUUUAUACACAGUAUGAAAUUUAUGACAAGUAUGUUUUCACCUCAGCAGCUCGAACAAGCCUACUUUCGUCACUCCCUGGAGUGAGGAAAGUUCGACGUUCCUCACUCCAGGGAGUGAACAAAGUGCGACUUUCCUCACUCCAGGGAGUGAAACAAAGUAGCUUUUUAAUUUAGUGAAGGCUAUGAACUGCCACUUCAUACUUUGAUUACAUUUUUUUUUUUAUUAUUCUGUGUAAUUCUAAAUACAUUUUAACCUUUAAUAUGUUCUAACUACUGAGGUGAAAAAUUAUGUGUGCAACACGAGAGCAAAGUUUUUUUACAUCUCGUGUUUUCGAGUCCCUCGCUACGCUCAAGAUUCUAACUUAGAAUCACUGGCUUCGCUCUUGAUUCAAUUAUAGAAUCUUUCGCUUUUUCGGGACUCGAAAUAAACACUCGCAAGAAAAACCAACUUUCCUCUCUUGUUACACAAAUAACUAUUCAAAGCAUACAAAUUUUAGGGUUCAGAUUUCAUAACGCAUGGCGGUGGGCUCAGUUUGUGCCUACCUUAACUAUAAUUAGUUAAAAUUGCGUAUCAAUACCUUAUCGUGUAUAAAUAUUUUUUUGUUUGGGUAUUCAAUAAAAAGUAAACAAGCUAAAGGUUGAGACUCAAUGUAUAAAAAUCUCUUAGCGAAAACACUAUCGGCUGAUUUAGAGUUGGAUGUCACAACUUUUGGUUUGCUUAGCUUUAGCCUAAAUAACAAAAUAGACUGAUUCACAAAUAUUCAAUUCUAAUAGUAUUUUAGUAUACAGGAGGUUUUGGGAUUAUACUGAGCAAAUUUUACUAUGGGACCAACCACGAAAUCGCGAAAAAAAUUUUACCCCCCACAGAAAAUGGACCAGCCGAAAUGUAUGCAGCAAAAUUUUUUUCGUGAUUUCUUAGUUGGUCCCAUAGUAAAAGUUGCUCAGUAUAAUUCCAAAACCUCGCUGGCAUCGGGAAUGCACUUAUUUUUUAGCCAUCCUGUAUAGCUCCUACAAUACCUCGGCUCGUAACGCACAGAACAGUACACAAGUGAUAAAGUUUGUAAAUGUUAUUGUUGACAAUUUUGUUAUGUCGUUUCAUUGGUAGUUUAGCAGAAUUUUAGAGAACCGUUUUCAAUACCACAUUAUAGUUUAUUUCAUAAUGAUCUUAAAAUGAAUUUUUCAAUAAAAAGUUGUCGCUUGUCAAUAAGGUUGAUUUCAAAUUGAAGCUAUAUGGAAAUACCGCCUUAUUGACAGUACUUAAGUACCCUUUUGAUUGAGAAUGGCACAAAUAAAGUAGUGACGCGGUCAUUCGACCAAUUAGGUAAUUUUUGUAUCUUCAUGUGACGUUCAACAGGUAAAGGUACCUUUUGUCUGUUGGCGCUUAAGCUGUGUUGCUACGCGACGUACGCCAUAAGGUACCUUUAAUCGUAGAACGUCGCAUAUAAUGAUGAAAGAUUAUUUGUUUUUAUUACAUUUUAAGAUCUGUAUGAAAUCUACUAUAGGUAUCUGCUUUUGUGACUGCGUAAGCAUUAUUACGUAUUUUUAUGUCGUAUCGACAUUAGGGAACUUAUUCGUUAGCUUUGUCCGAAUUGACUUCUAGCUUAAGCUAGUUCGUAUAAGGGAACCCAUGUACCUUUCGGUAAAUGUGAACACGACAAACAGUCAGUCCGUCUUCAGAAAAUGUAUGGCUGCGCCAUAGGGACGUAGCUUAUGGCGUGCCGGUUUAGCGAAGACGGACCCUGUAUGACACGUUAAAAGUAAAACGUAAAAUAAUAAAAGCGCACAAUUUUUUUAGCGCUGAUCUUGACUUACAACCACUCAUAUAGCAAGAGUUUCAUUGACAACAAGACAAGAACUUAUAUAGCUAACCUAAACAGAUAUACCGAUACUGUCCGCGCGCGAAUUCCGUGCACGGCUGAGGAAUGUUAGGAAUGUUGGGCGUCGUGACAGAGUGGUGUCAUUUUAUACGUACGGGCGCGGCGCCCCGCCCCCGCCCCCCCCCCCCCCCCCCCCACUUCCUCGACCUCCGAAUGCACGGAAUUGGCGCGCGGACAAUAUCUAUAGGGAGCGUGCAUCAACUGUAGAGGGCAGCACGGGACCCGUCAGAUUUUUGACGCGAGGCGUAAAUGUGAAGUUUGUGCUUCCGAUGUAGCCCACAUGGCAGAACCUACUUGCACAAGAAAACGUACGAGAACGGUAGAUGGCAGCACUUGGCGUGAAGUGUCAAUGUUCGUUUCCGAUUCAGGCCACAAGAUGGCACACCCUCCAACGCGGCCCCUGUAUCAUAUGUUGAAAAUUAACACCUUUUUUGCAUGACGACUAACAGUACUAAUGUGUUAGCCAGCUCUAACAUGGCGUAUUUUGUAGAAAUCUUUUUCCUGGUUAUCAUAUCGAAAGAAUUAGCCUCAUGCAUGAAGUUUAUAUUUGAACGAAAUAUGUUUUAUUCGGAUGUUUGUUACUGUUAUAUCAUGUUACAAAUGCAUUUCCGUUUUUAAAUUACCAUUUAAUUACUUAAAAUUAUAAAUAAAAAGUACAAAAAUUUGCCCGCGAAAAGCUAGUGAGCGAAACGCUCGAAACGCCACGUGACGUCACGCGUUCGACAGAUUAGUGUCAUUAGUAGCAAACGUCAGUUGGGCCGCCCAACGUGUGACGUCAUCACGCUCUGUCGAAUUCGCGCCAAAAAUUAUGAGCGUUUCAACCGCUCAAAAAUUUUCAAUAUUUUAAAUAUUUUUUAAUAAAAUAAUGUUAAGGUUUACAAAAGUAUUUUUAUCAUUUCCGGUGUUCCAACGAUAUAAAUUAUGAAUCCAAAAAUAAAAAUAAAUUCAUGCAUGGAGCUAAUUUCGAAUAAAUAUGACUACCUCGUGAUACAAAAACGCUUCUUAACAAGCUUUGUGAUGCAUGAAACUAACACUUCUAAUGUUAUAAUGUCAACAUAUCAUGCAAGGGAAGUGUCAGAAAAUAUCUGAACACGCCUAGUUUUAUUAACUUUUUAAGUUAUAUAGUGCCCAAAUAUCUUAAGACCUUGUGUGACCACAAUACCAAACUUUAAAAUUUGACUAUUUUUGCACUAUACAGAACAGUAGUUACAUAUAUAACAAAGGCACAUGAACUGACAAAACUUCCGUGAGAGACAGACAUAUUAAAUAUAUUUAUAACGGGUCACUCGCGUAUUUUAAGUCGAAAAACGCUCGACAUGUUUCAUUCCGUACCGAGGAGUGUCAUCGGGAGCUUGCGUUGACGGUGACGGACCGGCGCAGACUCGGUUAUACGACUUAAGAUACGUGACUGACCCGUUAUAAAUAUAUUUAGUAUGCACAUAAACUGGUUAAAUAAUGUCUGUUUGGAUUGUCCAGUGUGGCUACCACCAGUUUGGCACCGACGAACGCUAUCGAGAACGUAAUAUACUUUCUAGGCAUCUCGCUCGUACUCGCAUAUUAGUGCGAGCGAGAUGUAUAGAAAGUAAAUUACGUAAACUGUAGCGUAUAUGUCAGUUUUGACACUGUCAGUGACUCAUGGUACGGGUACAGCCAGCCUAGCCAAGGUGACAAUCGCUAUCGCUUCGCCAUCGAAUCGCUUUGUCUCUAUCACUCUUCUAUAUUAAGGCCAUAACACCGUCGCACUGCACCAAGGUCAUUGUGCGACGCACCCAUAAGUAAAAAAAAGCGAUAUCUCUUUCUUGCUCUUACUUAUGGGUGCGUCGCACAAUGACCUUGGUGCGGUGCGACGGUGUGUUACGGCCUUUAGUUUGACAGUGACAGUUGCGUUUCGUUCGCUUCGCAGCGUUAGCGAUUGGCAUGUUGUCUACGGGGCCAGUUCUGUUUAAGAACGUUAUGUUCAUGGAGACUAUAUAAAGGAGCAAAAUCUCUAUGUAUGAAAAGUGUCCAUCAAAAAACAGUAAUUAGGCGGCGCCACCAUACCCCGAAAUACUACCAAAAUCAUCUCCCAGAGCCUAAACUAGCGCCACCGGAGAGAUUAGGAACUAUUAUUUAAAGCUGAAAGCGGUCACUUUUGCAACAAUUCUGCCAUAAGAGAUUGGCAUCCUUUCUAUACCAUCCAUAGUUAUGUUUUCGUCCUCUGUUGUCAAUGAUUCUGUAUGAGUAAAAAAAGAAAACUCAAGACUCGCAUUGCCCCGCAAUGGCGUAUUAGGUACAGCAAGUAGCAAUAAAAAUGGGUUAUGUAAAUCUGUACGAAGUUUUCGUAGCUCUCGACUCUGCUUACGAAUAAUCAAUAUUUUGAUUAAACCAUAGAUAACAUUAAGUAAUGUGAAAUUCUAAUAUUGUUCCUAAUAAUAAAAUAGCUUAUUCUAUUUUGCAAAUCAGUUGGCAGUGCUGCGGUGUCAGCAUGGUUACAUUUUUAUCACCUGUCACUAAGCCUGUCACUUUCGCAUUUACAUACUUACAAAGAUAGAUAUAACUCCGUAAUAGAUGGAUACAGUCUAAGAAAAAAAAGGUGCCUCGAAAAUCAAGAAAAUUUGAUUCUCGUUCAGAGGGCGCUACUAGCUUUGGCCUACUGCCGUAUAGAUGGCGUUGACAGUUUCGUUUGUUAUUUAACAAUUUUAACGCAUAUCAGCGAAAGAACAUGGGUCAAAAUCAUAAAAAUAAUUAAUGCAAAUAAAAUAAAUCAUUUAUCCAUAUUUAAAUACAUUUUAUCGUAUUUUUAUAAAUCCUCAUUUUUAGUUUUAAAGUGUGUCGACAGAUGGCAGUGAAUUUACUGUGGUUACAAAAUUUACUAUGACAGUACCGCUCUAGUAUAAGUUACUCUAUGAUACUUGUUAUAACGUGACAGGCAUGGUGACAGGCGAUAAAAAUGCUACCGUGCUAAGCCCGCUGCUAACAUAACAGUGUUUAUACAUUUAAACAUUCCAGCAUGUUACAUACCUUAUGUAAAAAUAUUAUUAAAAAAAGAACCUAAGAUAAUAUCAGCAAUAGAAAUCUUAAGCACGACUUGCACCUAAAGCAGAACUUAGCUGAGUGUGAAUCGUACUUAAGUAGCGUUUAGUAAUUUCAAAUUUUCGUGCAAGUAGAAUGAAUGUUAACGUAGAGGGUACUAAGUUGUGUGUGUAUUUCGUUAUAAUAAGUGUAUAUACAUAAAUGCAUUGCAAUAAUCAUUUUCAAUCAAAAAUAUUGCCAAGGAAAGCGCAUAGCUAAUCAAAAAUGUAUCGAAUAUUUUUUUUGUAAUGCAGAGAGGUACUACUUUUAGUUUCCAAAUACAAUCACUUAUUCAAAUCAAAUUGAAUAUGUAAGAAUCUUCAUUGUUUUAAUCUAACGAUUGAUUUAUUUUGUAAAUAGUUUGAUUCUUUCUUCUAAUUUAUUUCUAGUUGUGCACUCGACUGACGCGACUCUGUCGCAUAAGAUUUGUAAGAAAAAUUGAAAUGUGACGUUUUCAAACAAAAGGUACCACAUUGUCGCUCGUCGAUAAGGUUGAUUUCGAAUUGAAGCUAUAUGGAAAUAGCGCCUUAUUGACAACCGUCAAUAAGUACCCUUUUGGUUGAAAAUGGCACAAAUAUUGGUAGUUAAGCCGUAAGCCCACGAUUUAACCAAAGACUGCAACCGAUUGGCGAGCGGUUAACACUGAAGCCGUAUUUACACGGGUCAACUUACCUUUUUUUAAGGCAAAUUUAUUAUAAAUAUUUUAUUUAAAGAUUAAAAAUCUUAAUAUCUUCAAUAUCAUGCUCUAUAUAUAAGCUAUUUAAAUAAAUAAUAUAAUAAUUAUUCAUAAAACAAAUCUAAAUAAAUAAAUUUUAAAAUUAUUUAUCUGAUAAAAAUAAUAAAAAAUAGAAUAUUUUUUUUAAAUUAAAAAUAUUCUCUGACCUCUAUAUUUCUCUUCAUCCCAUAUCAACAAUUUUUAAUAAAUUUUGAGGCAAGUGGACCUAUGUAAACGCGCCAUAAAAUUAUUCGAUGCGUGCUAAUAGGUUGGGUUGUUUAUGUAUAAUCCAACCAGUUUGACUGAUUCUACUUAACCUGCGUGUAUUUGUUUGCCAAUCGCCAAUCGAGAUCUAAAUAUGUUUGUACCUACUGGGCAGCGACAAAUUAGUGCAUACUAUUUAUAUAAAUGGUUAGGGAACGUUCAGAUUAGUUUAAAAGAAAAUAUAUAUAAAUUGUUUGGAUGUACCCUAGCAUCAACUUUACAAACUUAAAAAAAAAAAACUUAAAGUAUCAUCCAGUGAAAACAAACCAGUCCUUGCAAAAAUUUAUUUAUUUAUGUGACCAAUGUCAAUUUACGUAAAGACCAUUAAAUGCAAAAAUUAGCAGUUUCACGGUAACUUUCUUCUUGUCAGUCUUAAAUACGUCACGACAAAUUCAUAGUUACUAUAUUGCACUGUUUACGAUAAAGUGGACUGGUUUGAGACGAAUAUCUUUUCACUGUUACGUUUAAUAACUUUCGCAACCUCGUAACACGUUUACCCUAAUUGAGAGGGCCGGGGCGUGUUCGUAAUAUUCUCUUUGUUUUAGUAAAAUAUCAAAAUUAUUUCCCAUUUUCUUACAUUUCAAAAACAUUAGUGCCCUCGCUAUUUGGACUAAAAUGCAAUUGAAAUUUCGAAUAAAAGCUCUACGAAUUUGUGAAAAUUAUUAUGCUCAAUUUACACUUGACGAGUGCUCGACCGAGUUGACUGGUACCAGUACUCGCUGUGUGUAAACGAGGCUGUAGUGGUAAAUUCAGUUCUGAAUGUAUUAUAUAAUGUAAUUGAAAAAGGCGGGUAAUUUUCAUGUUUUAGAAUAGUUGAUCGUAGUUAGUCCAACGAAUACGCUUACUCAAGGCACUCGCCUUUAAAUAAGACUUGGAUAGAUUUGUUACUUUAUAUCAGAAUAAUUUAAUUGUAUUCCUAGCAGUAAAUAGUGCGCUUUUAGAUUUAAGCUAUUUUUAUAUCAAUUUAUUUGAAACUAAUAUAAAAAAACUAAUGAUAGUACAUAUUGUCGGUUUCAAGUUGAUUUGCACUAAAGUUUAAAACUUUUAGACUGACAGAAGUACAGAAAUAUGUCAAUGCCCCCCGUAUAGAUUUAAGUUAAUUUAGAUAUAAGUAAUUUCCCUGAAUAUGUAAGUAUAUUAAAAUUAUAAUGUAUAGAAAAAAUAAUAAAAAUUACGGGCGUCAUUGCGUCAGGGGCAGUAGCAGAAAAAGAUUUUUUUUACUGACUGUACAAGGUUCAAUAAACUUUAGUGGGAAUGAAUUUGGAGCUGAAGUUAGCAACUUUUAAAAUUGUAUUCCGUUCUGAGGUUCAUAACGUGCAUGUGAUCUCAUUGACAUUCAGAGGGCCUAUGGUGGACGCGUGUCGUUCGAUGGCGAUAAAAUAUCUUGUCACUUUCGCACUUAAUUACGACUAGAAGCCAUGGGCGUCGCCAAGGGGGGCAGAGGGAGCAGCUGCCUCCCUAGAGAAUAAAAUUUCUAAUUAAAUAUAUUCACACUGUCGCUUGUAAGUUACCUUACUUAAUUCAGCGGGAGCAGCAUGUUUCCAUUUUUAUCGCCUGUCACUAUGCCCGUCACUUUCGCACUUACAUACUUGUUAGAACGUGACAGGCAUGGUGACAGGCGAUAAAAAUGCGACCGUGCUACCCGGCCAGGCCCUGACGACAGGGACGCAGCAAUACGUAUAAGUGAGAUGUAGAUGUGAUCUCUACCGUGUCUAACGUAUAGCUGCGUCCCUGUCGUCGGUGAAUUAAGUAAGGUGUGUGAAGCGUUUUAGAAGUAUUAUCUUUCAUAUGUACAGUCUGGCAAAAAAGAGUAGAAAUUAAAAAGUAGCAACACUGUAGUGUCGUCCCGUUUUUUCUUAGAUUGAUUUGAAAGGGACGACACUAGUGUUGCCACUUUUUAAUUUCUACUCUUUUUUGCCUGACUGUGUCCAGAAUUAGAGUUAAUUGAUAGGUUUGAUAUUUUGUCCUAGCAUUUUUUUUUGUUAAAAUAUCUAAGUAGCAUAAAAUAAAUUUUAUUUAAUAUAUCGUAACGGCAAUGUCAUGAAAUACACGCAAGUCAGUUUACUCUAAUUCUAGACUGAUUUGUCAUGUGAUAAAUUUUAUCGCUAUCGAUAAACGACACGCGACAUGGAGCCGGAAGUAUAUCUCACUGUGCAAUACCCAUGCAUUCAUCUUCACUUCGUGUACGGUGUGAAUGUCGAGGUCUAGUAUUAAAUAAAAUGGUGUUGAAGAUAA